GGCAUGUGAAAGUUCAAUGACGAAGACCCUGGGACGAGCAAGCGUUCGUCAGAUCUCUUGCCAACGCAACCUCCCCGCUUCCAACACCGCGCCUACAGUCGACAACCGUCACCAAACCCCCCUUCCACGACAAGCGAACCUCAACAUAUACGACACGAACCCCUUCUCUCCACUCAUCCUCAACGUGCGCACCAUCUUUUAUUUCCGCUUUCGAGGCUGCUGCUCGCUAUUCGCGGCCCAUUUGCUCACGCACUCGGAGAGCAGCGGACCGCAUCAGUCUUCCGCAUGGAGCAGAGCUCGCGCGUCGAACACCCCCCACGGGAACUGAAGUACAUACAAUAUGAGCAUCGUCUCGAGACUCAAUAUCUACCGGCAAUCCGCGCCUUGAUCUCCAAGGACCUCAGCGAGCCCUACAGCAUCUAUGUCUACCGCUACUUUCUCUACCAAUGGGGCCAUCUGUGUUACCUUGCCAUCGACCCUGAAGACUCCUCCCUAGUUGGCGUCAUAAUCUGCAAGCUCGAAGCCCAUGCCUCCCAUUCGCCCCCCACCUUGCGGGGAUAUAUCGCUAUGCUUGCCGUGUCAUCUGCCUACCGCGGACAUGGCGUGGCAACGACACUGGUCAAGAUGGCCAUCGACUCUAUGAAGAGCCGCAAUGCCGACGAGGUGGUUCUUGAGACAGAAGAGACAAAUAUUCCCGCAAUGAGGCUAUAUGAGCGGUUGGGCUUCCUGAGAUCCAAGAAACUCCAUCGCUAUUACCUAAACGGCAAUAGCGCAUACAGGCUGGUCCUUUUGUUGAGGCCAGUUGAUCUGGACUCGGCGGCUGAUCUGGCGUUGGACGAUGCUGAAAUUUAUCGAUGAUGGAUGUCUGGGCGCCCACCAAAACAGUUACGGAACAUGUGGUAGCCGUGAUAGGGACAUGCAAACGGUGUUCGGGAAGAUAUGGCGCUCAACGAGUAGAAUAUUCAGAAGCUCUUGCGCAUCAAACGCCGACGGUCAAGAUGAUGGGACGGUUCAUAUUCACCUGAAAGUUGUGGCUUGAAAUACAGCCAUGGCUUGCCCCAAGAGGCUCAUCAAUUGGGAAGCACCAAAAGAUACGAGGGGGCUUAUCACAUAGUCGACCAGGUCGCAUAUCCUCUGACAGAACUUUCAGGAACACAUCAUGAGAGGGAUUUGGCGGGUCACACCAUAUUCUCACAGCUAACUCACCCAAAACGAACAAACCUGCCGGGAUAGGAGGUAGAAGGACGGAGCAGCGCCAGGCGAGGAAAUAGAGGACUGAAAAAUUUAUUUGUGUUCAUAUUACUAUUAAGGGAAACAUGCGUUUCCGGUCCUUACAAAAGUAUCAAAUCGCUAGCACCAGUGUGCUAUCAUCCUGCUCCCUCCUCGGGGUAGUUGCCGGCUCGAAC